AUGCCCGAAGACAAGACCGCGAACACCAUCCCAGAGAACAUGCUAUCCCUGGCCCCAACGCCCAUCUUCGCCACCAGCUGGGACCACCACCGCCCGACCGUCCCGUCCCCCCUCUCGUCCUCGCCUCUGCACGCCUCCUCGCCCCUCGGGACGCAAGAUGACUGUGACGAUGACGCAUUCUCGCUACGCCAGACGCAGUCAUCGCCGAUCCGACCGGCGCCAACGUUCAAGUACGCCGCGCGCGCGUCGGCCGCGUGCGCCAACCCUCUGCUACGCCGCCGCCGCGAGGACGCGCAGCAGCAGCGACGCGCCAACUUUCUGCGCACCGUGCGCGAAAAGGCCGAGGACAAGGCUUGGCAGCGGCGAGACAUCGAGGGACAGUUUCUCAAGACCAACUGGAUCGCCGACAUGGACCGCCUGUCGCACGACGCACCGGAGCUCUCCGAGGCGGACAUAGAAGACGCCUCGAGCUUCCAACCCGAGAUGAAGGCGUGGCAGUACGGAGACGUGGAUGAGGACAUGGAUGCUGAUGCGGACGGCAUGGUGGACGAGUAUGCCCAAGAUGCCGAGCUCGAGGCCAUGUUUGCAUCGUAUCAGCAGCAGCAUCAACAACAGCAGGUGCGCUCGCCGGCGACGCGCCCGAUAUCACCGUCCUUGUCCGAUGAUGAGUACGACGAUAUUUUUGAAGAGCUGCUCUCGGCAAAGGAUAUUGACGAGGUCAUGCAGACGCACCAACGAGCAGACUUGGCAGAUGAAAUGGACAUGGAAUAA